AUGCAGCCUGAAAUGAAGCCGCUGCACAAUAUCUGCGAAUAUCUGCACGCGCUCCACAUCUACACGGAUGAAGCUCGCCGAGGAGAAGUGAGGACAGUCUCAGCGCAUCAUUUCUGCUCUCACGUUGAGAAAGUCUUAGACUUACGUCAGUGUCUCAUCUACGACUCAUGCAAGCCCGGAGCCAGACUUAUCGGCGUGGAAUACAUGAUACCGAAGCACCGUUACCUGAAACUCGACCCUGAAGAACAGAAGUUCUGGCAUUCGCAUGAAUUCGAGGUUAAAUCUGGAAUGCUGGUUCUUCCUUAUCCCGCCUCCCAUGCGCGCCAGAAGGACAGGUGGGACGAGCUGGAAACAAAGGCGAUGGAGGAGGUCGUCACGCUCUAUGGUAAACUGUACCACUUCUGGCAGGUCGAUAGGGGCGAUGAGUUGCCGUUGGGCCCUCCGACUUUGAUGGGCUCGCUUACAGAAUUCAAGCAGCUUGAUGUCGACAAAGAAAUGGCGGCGAGAAACACCGAACUCGGGAUCAACCAGGGACAGAAACGGAAACUGAGGGAACCCAUCGACUUGUCCGGCGUUCCCGAGAGUUCGGAUAGCUGGUGGAAGGAGGCCAAGGCAGCCAAGAGAGGCAUCUAUUCCACAGAAUGA